UUUAUUAAAAAAUAAUAAUAAUAAUAAUUUUCAUUUUGAUGGCAUUGAGAAUGAAGUUGGCGUUAUGGUUAACGUCAAACUAUACUAUGGAGAAAGAAACGCCGGCAAUUUAAUUUCUACUGUGAUGGAUGAUGUGGAGGAAUCAAUUUUUUACGACGAUGAAGAUGAUUUUAUCGGACACGAAUAUUUACAAGACGCUGAAUAUGAAUACGAAUUUGAAGAGACAGAACGAGAAACAUUAUUUGAAUUAUAUCAAUAUUGCUUCUGUCCUACUGUUUACGAUACAAUUACAUAUAUACUACCAUUAUUCAUUUCUACGAUUAUAUUUAGAUUAUGCGUUCAUUCCCGGCAUGUGUCACAGAAAACUUUUCAUGUACUGUCAAUGUUAAUUGGUAUAUACAAUAUUUAUCAUUAUGUACCAGAAUGUUUAUAUACCUUACUAGUAUUUUGUAUAAUUUCAUACACUAUUUUAUAUGUACCUAAAAAAUAUUGUAAAAAUCUAGCAAUAUUUUUGCCAGCCCUUUUUAUUAUUGCAUAUUGCGAAUUCUCUAUGCCACCAAUAACUUGGCAUAAAAUACGUAGUGUAGUAAUGACAAUGGCAAUGAAAACAAUCAGUGUAGCAAUAGACAAAACAAAAUCAAAUGAUUUACCUGAUAUUUAUACCUAUAUGGGAUACACUUUUUGUGGUGUCACAUGUCUUUUUGGACCAUGGAUAUCAUUUAAGGAUUACGUAUCAAUAUAUUAUGCGAACAAUCAGGGUAAGUGGUGGAUGAUCUAUGCUAUUCAAUAUGCGCUUUUAUCUUUAUUUUUUUUAACUAUUUCAAAUUGUUGGACACAAUGGAUAGUUAUGGAUAAUUCUUGGAAAUGGUUAUUAGCUUACAGAGAUGCACUAUCUUUUCGAACAUCUCAUUAUUUUAUUUCAUUCAUUGCAUCCACUUUACUGUUAUUAGGAGGAUUUCCACUAUCUUUGAAAACUAUAGUAAAACCGUUAAAAAUAGAAUUUCCACGUUCACUUGUAGACGUUGUUGUUUGUUGGAACAUACCAAUGCAUUUCUGGUUAAAAACAUAUAUAUUCCGUCCUAAUAUUAAAUAUUUAGGAAAAUUCGGAGCCGUAACAAUGACAUAUUUAACAAGUGCUCUCUUACAUGGAUUAAAUUUUCAACUGGCAGCAGUUUUACUUAGUCUCGGAUUUUAUACAUAUGUAGAAUAUCGACUUAGAUCUAUGCUUGCAAACAUUUUCGAUGCAUGUAUUGCAUCGAAAUUAUGUACAACCAAUAAAUGUACACAUACAUACAAUACUCAGAAUUGUUGGUGGGUGUUUUUAACAAAUGUGCUAUUUUCUGGACUAUCAGUUUUUCAUUUAGCUUAUUUAGGUCUUAUGUUUGAUACAUCUGAAUUACAAGAAACAGGAUACAAUUACAUUCAUACUAUUGAAAAAUGGUCCCAACUUGGAUUUGCUAGCCACUGGGUAAUAUUUGCUACAUAUUGUAUAUAUUUUUUAAUCAGAUAAUAAUAGGUGCAUAAGUUAAACAUUUAUCAAUUUUCAAUAAUUUACACUUAAGUUUUUUUACUGUGAAAUAGUUUAAGUAGGAAAAGUAGCAUAAUUAUAAAUUCUGAAAAUAAGUAAAAUACAUAGUCUUUAUUAGAUUUAUAACAUAAUAUAAAGUAGAUUUGCACGUAUGUGUAUAUAAAGCACAUUAAACAAUUAAUACAUUGUAAUUUUAAAAUGUUUAUAUGCUAUAUUUGUUGAAUAAUACUCCAUUGAUAUCUUAUGUUAUCAAACUUGAACAUAAGAUUAAUAGUAGAUAAAGAUAUUUUUUCAAUCAAAAUGCAAUUGAUUUUACACUUUGAUUUUGAUUGCUAGUGAGAUGUACAUACAAUACACAACAGUAUAUUUUAUAACAUAAUGUACCUUGUACUCUAUGAGUUACAAACAAAAAAUAAAAUAUUUCAGAAUUAA